AUGAGGAUAAAAGCAUUUACCUUUUUGGUCAAAGAACAUUUAGAAUCUUAUCAAUUGGAAAACACUGAAGUUGUAGUAGACGGUCAAAACAUAUAUUAUAAAUUAUACGAGAAAUCAGGAAUCCCUUUUGUUUUGGGAUCUGAAUCUGAUAAAUUUGCUAACUAUGUUAGAGAGUAUUUCAGAUUAUUAAAAAAAGCUAAUCUUAAGUGCCACUUCAUAGUUAAAGCUGGCCAUGACAGUAAAAAAUACCUUGAUGUUCACUUCAAGCUGGGGAAUAGACUACAUGGAAAAGAAUUUGUUUUGGGUGAAAAUUAUGACAAUGCGAUCAUUCAGCCGUGUCUGGCAAAGGAUAUUUAUUUGCAAGUUUUAGAAGAAAUGGGGUUUGACUACAUAAUUUCUCAUGGGACCGACGUUAUAAAAGAAUGUUUUGAGUUAGCUCAGAGGCUGUCGUGUCCCGUAAUAAGUUUUAAUAUACAAUAUUGUUUUAGUUCAGUGCCAUACGUGCCACUUAAACAAGGUACUGUGUUGGAAUUUGAGCAAAGCAAUCACAUAACAUGUGGCAUAUUUAAACGACAAAAUUUUUUACAACAUUACAGGAUUUCAAAAGAAAAAAUGAUACUUUUCAUAUUGUUAACAGAUUCCCAUGUACUUAAGGAAGAUUAUUUCCUUCAGUUUUUCAAAGCAUGUAAAAUACCAUAUUCACAUAUAAAACGGUAUAAAGGUUUACUCAUGUGGUUGUCGCGUAGAAGUGAAGAAGAAGCUUUACAGGAAGUUUUUAAAUACAUUUCAGAAUCAGACAAACAAACAUUUCUGGAUAAUAAAAAUGAAUUAGAAAUAAAAUUUCUGAAAUGUGUACAUGAAGAAAGUGUAACUUCAUUGUAUUUCACUAACAGAAAUAGUCUAAAGAUCGAUAUUCAAGAUCCGCAUUGGUUUGAGAAGGGUAUUGCUUUAAAGUAUAUUGCUAUACCUUACGUAAACUUAUACUUCUGGGGUAUUAUUGUUGCUUCUCGUUUAGUUGAAGAUUAUGAUCAGGAAAACUCCAUUUUGUUUUCAAAAGAUAUUAUAAAAUAUGCUUAUGAUUUGCUUAAAAAUUUCAAUGAUAAAAACAUUAACAUUAAAUACAGAGAAAUAAAUGAUAGCGAAGAAAUAUCAGUUAUUCAAACUCAAUCUGUGCGCAAACCAGACUACGCUGCUCGAAAAUGUGUUUUCGAAAAUGGUUGGGAAAAUAUAGACUCGCGUGGGCUUUUCGAACAUUUCUUCUUAGAAACCUAUGGCUCAUUCAAUUUUGCCGCUUUAGAAUCGGCCCCGGCCGAUGUGAGGUUGUUGUUGAUUACAUUGGUUUACUUCAAACGAAAUAAAGAAGACGAUAUGAGUUGUGAAAUUUACAGUAUCAUACUGUCUUAUGUCCUACUUGGGGUUGUCGCUGAGAAAGUGAAUCAUGAUCUUAGUGAUUCCUCAGAUAGCAUCGACAUCGUCAGCCGUCCCCUCUUAGACUCGACCACUCAGAAAGAUCUAGUGACCACUCAGGACUGUAUAGCCGCUAAGAGGAUCCUUAAGGAAUAUUGCACUAUUAGCGAUGACGAAUUACUUGAUAUAUUUAAUCGGACAAAAGUACACCCUCUGUUCCAAUUUGAAUGGUGCUUGCUACAAAUAAACAACUUAAAUAAACUUUGCGGCUCUCCCUACACUUCCACCGUGUAUAGUAAAACUUAUAAUGCAACAUUUGUGUACAAAAUUCUUUGUAAAAUAAAAGGGGAAAACGCCAUUCAAACAAUCACAGACUUGCUCAAUCCUGCCCCGAGCGUGCUGGCGUUCACUUCAGGAAUUAUUGAAAUGUAUGAAAAAUUACUUUACGAAUAU